UUAUCCCAAUCAAUGAAUGGAUUUUUUCCCCUGUAUGUUGGUUUUACAAGUGCAAGUAUAUUAAUCUACUAAUAAUCCCAACUUGACAUGAAGUUGAUAAGUAACAAGUAAGAAUAAAUUGUGUUUCAGUGAGUUUGUGUUCGACCCAAUUAAAUGGCAGCGAAAGCAAAUGAACGAGGACUUACUUGACCUAUCAAAGAUGUUCAAUGCAGUUAAAUCGCUUGUUCGAGUGCCUUCUGUAGACCCCAAAUAUAAAAUUGCUCUUCUUGCUUCUAAGCAGGACCAUUGUCUUGUUGAUCUACUGCAUGCUUGGCAAGAUGGAAAACUUCCGGUUCAGAUAAGCUCUGUAAUCAGCAAUCAUGAUAGGGUGGGGAAUACCCAUGUGAUGCGGUUCCUUGAAAGACAUGAGAUUCCAUAUCAUUAUCUGUCCAAGUCAAAGGAGAAGAAUGUAGAAGAUGAGAUAUUGGGGUUGGUUGAAGAUACAGAUUUCUUGGUCCUUGCUAGAUACAUGCAGGUGUUGUCUGGAAACUUUUUGAAAAGAUAUGGGAAGGAUGUGAUCAACAUACAUCAUGGCUUAUUGCCAUCAUUCAAGGGAGGAAAUCCAUCUAGGCAGGCAGGUUUUGUGUUCCAAUUUCCAAAUUCUGUUUUAAGCUUUUUAUGUUUUUAUGUUUUUUACUGGAGAAUGACAGGCUUUUGAAGUUGGGGUCAAAUUGAUUGGUGCCACAACCCAUUUUGUCACGGAGGAGCUUGAUGGGGGCCCAAUCAUUGAGCAGAUGGUUGAGAGAGUCUCGCACAAGGAUAAUUUGCUGAGUUUUAUUCAGAAAUCUGAGAAUCUUGAAAAACAAUGCCUUAUGAAGGCAAUCAAGUCAUAUUGUGAGUUACGCGUUCUACCUUAUCAACACAACAGGACUGUUGUAUUUUGAGUAAGCUCAAAAUGAUGCUGAUCAAAACUACAGAGUCCAUUAUAUUCCUUGUGUUGCAAAGUUUUUGUAUUUCAUUUUAAUUAUUCAUUCUAAUUUAAGUUGUUCUUGUUCCAAUCCAAUAAUAAGAUAAAUUAAGAGUCAUUGUGUGUUCAUAAUACUAAGAUAUAUGUGCAUUCUCAGUUCUCCUUAAAUUCAUUGUUGUUGGAGUUU